UCUUGCUUUUACUAAGUUUUCUCUGGGUUCCAGACUACCUUUUCCUUCCUCUUUUCGUUCCCCAAUUCCUAUUCUCCCUUUUAGUCUCCUUCACGCCCUUAUUUUAAUAUUUUAUUUGAGACUCUCCUGAACCCCACUCUCACCUCUCCCGCCCUCUUCUCAGCCACAGGCCCCGCACCCCAAGCACUGUUGGCAGGGAGAAAGGGCCACCUAGCACCCCGUGGAAGGGGCGUCGAAUAGCUUUUUCCCCAUUGGCCGAGGCAGGGGGCCCAAAGCAGGCCGAAAUCUCUUCCCCGCCUACAUUCGUUUUUCUACUAGGCGGCGCGAAGCCGCAGGGUGUGCGCUCGGGAAGGCCUGCGUGCGAGUUCAGCAGAGAAUAUUUUCCAGCGGGGUGAGUUAAAAUGACCUAUCGUAUUUUACUGAGAACAGUUCGUAGGAAGACGGUCAGUAUGCUCCGAUCUUUCCCUUCCUCUACUUUUAGGUUCACCCCUCCGCUGCCUCGGAAGCUCUUCUAAGUAGGUGGGCAAAGGUGGGGGGCGGGGGGACCGGGUCAUGAAUAAUUCAUGAGGGCCGCCCCGUUCCUUAUUCACGCCCCCUUCGAAUCGUGCUGACGCACGUUGCGUGUACCAAACCUGAGGAAGCGACGUAACAGUCCCCGCCCCUAGGACGGAGGGCGGGGUGUCAUCUCCAGCACGUGCUGCAUCUACCCGCGCAAGCCCAAAAGGGUGUGCGCAGGCGCUGCCCGCUAGGGGGAGGAAGGAGGCGGGGUAGGGAGGUUGUUGGCUUUAGAGCCGGGCGGAGACCGCUGAGACUCAUUCCUCAGGAACAAGGGUCGGGUGUCAAGGAGACCUUUUCACACCAGCUCCCCGUCCCCCGCCUACGGUGGGUGGGAUCGCGCGCCAGAGACAAAGGAUAUCAGUAGGGACGGACAUAGCUGCGAAGGGAAGUAGGGUGUCAAUUUGGGGUGGUGGGCUUUUUGGGGGGUCGUGGGGGCUAUAUUUAAACUCCCGGAGCCGUUAAGUUGGUUCGUACUCCGAUGCGCGCGCAACCAGGGUGGUGGCGGAGUGCGCAUGCGUGAUUCCGGGGCGAGAGGAACGCGCUCCAGCGGUGCGCGCUCGCGGGAAGCGGUAGUGGUAGAGGAGAAAGGGGUCGGCGCACGCGCGGUCGAUUCCUCGAGUUCGGGUCUCGCGGGCAUCUUGUUUUGGUCUCGCGGGCUAGUGGGGCGCGCUUUGGGGGAGGCGCUUGGGCGCGAGACUAGGCGAGAAGAGCAGAGCUGCGCGCGCACUCGGGAAAGGGGGGAGGGGAGCGGGGUCUAGGAAGGGGGGUUAAGCCCCCUAGCCCCCCUCGUUGCCCUCGACUGGGACGGAAUAAGGGGAGGAAAUGAUCGAGAUGGCGGCGGAGAAGGAGCCGUUUCUGGUGCCGGCCCCGCCGCCGCCGCUCAAAGAGGAGUCGGGCGGAGGGGGCGGCCCCACGGUGCAGCCGCACCGAGAGGCCGCCUCCGGGGAGCUCCGCGGCGGGACGCAGCGUGGGCCGGGGCCGCGCGCGCACUCGGAGGGGGCCCUGGCUUCUGGGGCCGGCAAGGAGAGCCCCAGGGCUCCAUCCACCCCUCGGGGCGGCCAGGCGCAGCAGCAACGAGGGGGCGGCCCCCAGGCGCCGCCGCACGGGGAGGCCCGCUUGUCUGAUCCCCACGGGCGAGCUGCUCCCCCGGACGUGGGGGAGGAGCGACGGGGAGGGGGCGGAACAGAACUGGGCCCCCCUGCCCCUCCUCGACCCCGAAAUGGCUAUCAGCCCCACCGGCCCCCUGGGGGAGGUGGGGGCAAGAGAAGAAAUAGCUGUAAUGUAGGAGGAGGUGGGGGAGGCUUCAAACAUCCGGCCUUCAAGAGGCGCAGGCGGGUUAAUUCGGACUGUGACUCUGUGUUACCCUCCAACUUCCUCCUGGGGGGCAAUAUUUUUGAUCCACUGAACCUUAAUAGUCUCCUGGAUGAGGAAGUGAGCCGCGUACUCAAUGCGGAGACCCCCAAGUCAUCCCCACUUCCGGCCAAGGGGAGAGAUCCGGUGGAGAUCCUCAUCCCCAAAGAUAUUACUGAUCCGCUCAGUCUCAACACUUGCACUGAUGAGGCCCAAGUAGUUCUUGCUUCGCCACUCAAGACUGGUCGGAAGCGGCAUAGACACCGGGGACAGCACCACCAGCAGCAGCAGGCAACUGGCGGGAAUGAUAGCCACUCUGUGCUGCCCACAGCCCCCCUCGCGCCCUCACUCCAUGGGGAGGGCACCACACAGCAGCAGCGGCAUAGAGGCCAGAACCGGGAUGCCCCCCAGCCCUAUGAACUCAACACAGCCAUCAACUGCAGGGAUGAGGUCGUCUCCCCCCUUCCAUCUGCCCUCCAGGGUCCCUCAGGCUCCCUUUCAGCCCCUCCAGCUGCCUCAGUUACCUCUGCACCCUCGUCUUCCUCCUCACGACAUCGCAAACGUCGCAGGACUUCCAGCAAGUCGGAGGCAGGGGCUAGGGGUGCAGGCCAGGGUCCCAAGGAAAAGGGCCGAGGGAGUGGGGGAGGCCGCCACCACCUCCACCCACUACCUGCAGCAGGCUUCAAAAAGCAACAGCGCAAGUUCCAGUAUGGGAAUUACAGCAAGUACUAUGGGUACCGCAAUCCUUCCUGUGAGGAUGGGCGCCUUCGGGUGUUGAAGCCCGAGUGGUUUCGAGGUCGGGACGUCUUAGAUCUGGGCUGCAAUGUGGGUCAUCUGGCCCUGAGCAUUGCCUGUAAGUGGGGCCCAUCCCGCAUGGUGGGCCUGGAUAUUGAUGCCCGGCUCAUCCACUCUGCCCGCCAAAACAUCAGACACUACCUGUCCGAGGAGCUGCGUCUGCCACCCCAGACUUCUGAGGGGGACCCAGGGGCAGAAAGUGAGGAAGGGACCACAACCGUCCGAAAGAGAAGCUGCUUCCCAGCCUCACUGACAGCCAGCCGGGGUCCCAUUGCUGCACCCCAAGUGCCCUUGGAUGGAGCAGACACAUCAGUCUUCCCCAACAAUGUUGUCUUCGUCACGGGUAACUAUGUGCUGGAUCGAGAUGAGCUGGUGGAUGCCCAAAACCCCGAGUAUGAUGUGGUGCUCUGCCUCAGCCUCACCAAGUGGGUGCAUCUGAACUGGGGAGACGAGGGGCUGAAGCGCAUGUUCCGCCGGAUCUACCGGCACCUCCGCCCUGGGGGCAUCCUGGUCCUGGAGCCCCAACCUUGGUCAUCCUAUGGCAGGAGAAAGACUCUCACGGAAACAAUCUACAAGAACUACUAUCGAAUCCAGCUGAAGCCAGAGCAGUUCACUUCCUACCUGACAUCCCCAGAGGUGGGCUUCUCCAGCUAUGAGCUUGUGGCCACACCCCACAACACCUCCAAAGGCUUCCAGCGUCCUGUGUACCUGUUCCACAAGGCCCGUUCCCCCAGCCACUAAGUGGCCCCCUGAACAGAAAGUGUGAAGAAGCUGCCCGCUGCUCCUAAGGACCUGGGGGAAGAGGAGAGUGUCCCAAGGUCUUUCCUUUCUGGCUCCAAAAAUAGUUUCCUUUCUUGGGUCUGCAGAGAAAGCUUUUCCUAUGUUGCUGCCCCAGCCUUCUCCCUACACCUCUGGCACCUAAGCAGCAAGCUGAGCUGCGCUGGACUUAACCGUCAUCUUCCUCUCCCCCAGCUCACUGGGCUGGAUGGCAUGGACUGUUUGCUGACCUCUGUUCUCCUAAGGCAUGGGAGGUGGGGGUAUCAAGUUCUCUGGCCUCUUCCUCCUGUUCUCCCAAGGAGGGGUUCCCAUUUGUCCUUGGGCCUUGUCCCUAGCUGCGUCUCAGUGGACCACGGAUAGAUGGACUGAGGGUUAAGAGGGGUAAGCUUGGCAGGGAGGCACGCAGGUACUGUGAAAAUCCUUCACUCUGCUGUCCGCCUUUGGGAGAGGGGGUUGGGUUUGGAAUGUGAGAACAGCACAGUAAACUUGGUGUUUAGGGCAGUGGCCCCA